UGUGCACCGCCUCUGGUCCUUCAGGAAGGAGAUCUCGCGACAUGCUCUGGGUCAUCUUGCUCAUGACCUCGUCUUCUCUGCUGAGCGUCGUACGGACAGGGGUUAGCAGUGCAGAUCUGGAGCAAGGCUUGCUGGUGGCCACUGGCACAGUGUGCAAGACAUUCCCAGGACUCAGCAAGGAGCAGUUGGACCUGUGUCGCCGUUAUCCAGACGUCACGGCGUCCGCUAUUCAGGGGCUGCAACUCGCAGUGGACGAGUGCCAGUACCAAUUCCAGUGGCAUCGCUGGAACUGCUCGUCGCUCAGUACAAAGAAUCGAAAUCCCCACAGCAGCGUUCUGCUUCAGAGAGGUUUCCGCGAGUCUGCGUUCGCUUACGCCAUCUCGUCGGCUGGCGUAGCGCACAGCGUGGCUCGGGCCUGCAGUAUGGGCAAGCUGAUGGCUUGCGGGUGUGACCCCGGGAGGUACCGGGCCGCGGGCCGACUCGGCAGCAAUAAGAACUCGAAGGCCCGAAACUCGCGCCCACAACAGAGAACUCGGAGUGCCAGCAGGUGGAAAUGGGGGGGGUGCUCCCACAAUCUGGACUAUGGCGUCGAUUUCUCGAAGUCCUUCCUCGACUCGAGAGAAAAGGCCGGAGACAUCCAGUCCCAAAUCAACCUUCAUAAUAAUCAAGCAGGAAGACUUGCUGUCGCAACCAACAUGCAAGUCCGCUGUAAAUGCCAUGGGAUGUCCGGAAGUUGCGAGCUGAAGACUUGCUGGAAGGCAGCACCAGACUUCCGGGUUGUCGGAGAGGCUCUCAAGGAGAGGUUCCGGUCCGCCGUGCUGGUGGAUCAGUCAAACUUAGGGAAUGGAUCGCCUUUUCUACUGGAGGGGGUCCGUCGGCGACGACCUCGUCCGAGACCAAGGACCAGACCGAGGAGACGAACUCGCCUACGUCGUCCCAGAGACCUGGCCCUCGAUCUCCUCUACUAUCAGCGCUCGCCAAACUUCUGCGAACAGGACCCCAGCGUGGACUUCCCUGGAACGUCUGGGCGACGGUGUAAUCGCACCAGCACUGCCGUCGACGGGUGUGGCUCGCUCUGCUGCGGUCGUGGCUACAACCUCAUCAAGCAGAAGACGACGGAUCGCUGUCACUGUCGCUUUCACUGGUGCUGCUACGUCGUGUGUCAGAACUGCACCACCGAGGAGUGGAUCACGGUCUGCAAAUAGUGCGACGACGCUCCAUGUUCUUUGCAAGCGUCGAUCUUCACUUAAUGAAUAUUUUUAAAAGAAUCGGCCACUUCCUCAAAACCAUAUUUCGACGACCCUAAGUCUCCAGCGAGAAUGGUCGGAUGGAAUCAGUGUCAUUAAAUUCCACGGAAGUUUUUUAAACUUGAGAAGUCAGCUGUCUCGUGCUUUCUGGAAGGCUUAAAGAUUAAUUGUAUCUUCGAAACGUGAGUGCAACUGAGAUGAAAAUUCCGUGGUCUCCGAGCAUAAAUUAUAAAGAAAGUGAAGUACGCGAUUUUCAUAUCGCACCAAGGAUUCACGUUCCAGUGUGAAACAUAAAGCACUUUACAGUCAAAAACAUUCGCUUCAGUGAACAAACCUUCAGCAGAGCUUGGAUCAGUGAUGAGUUUAGUCACACGUCGAAAUGUUUAACGUUACCUAUAAUCUUAAAUUUGGUAUAAUUGUGCCAUAAAUUUAUGUGAAACAAACGAUUCUGUGAACGAGGUCUUUGUAUGUGCUCGGCGUCCUCUUUGAAUGGAUUAUUUUAAGAAUUCACUCGAAGAAGCUUUGUGUUUGCCCCCCAUCGUUGACUUCUACUCCCCAGUCUCUACCGAAAGAUGAAUGUACGUCCAAGAAUAAGAACAAGAUUGGAAAAGUGUCCUCUGUCUAGUAUACAAUGAUUCCAAUGAUGAAGAUCCUCACGUCACAUCACGGGUAAUGACGUCAAGAGAGCAACCAGGGAAUGAGGAAUAUAACAAUAUUUUAAAGAGUAACAAUUGAAUCAAAGGCCAUUCUCGCAACAGUGAUCCAAGGGCAUUGUAAAUAACAAUAUGUUAAAAGGUCACUGUUGUAAAAGUAUCGGACGAUUCAAUAAGGCUUACGCUAAAGUGUGAAGAACGCCUAGAAACACGCAAACACCUUACUGUGGUUAAAACACUAUUGUUCGUAAAUAAUAUUUCAUUUUGUGUAAAGUUUUGUCGGAGAACGCGUCAAAGACUUGCCCUUACAAAGAAAACCGCGAUUUACAAAUGCGUUACCAGGCACAAACUUUGGGACAGUCGGCUCCUUGUUUCGGCUAAGAACUUCGCUGGUAUUGUCAACAGACGUGCAAUCUUCAGAACCAAGUAACACUCCCUUUACUACGCUUAUGACAUCCACGAUGAAUGAGUCAAUAAUCUCUUCUACGCAUGGACACUGACAAACAAGGCGAUAUAAUUUCCAUAAAAGUUCGAUCAUUACAAGGAAAAUGUUGUCAUAAUGAGAUUUUUCUGAACUGUGAAAAGGAUUUAGGAUAAUUCAGUGAUAUUUUAGCCUCACAUCAAAACAGCUUUCUUUUGCGGUGAAUGAAGCCAAGGCAUCCGAGAUGACGUCACUUGUCAAAACCAUAGGAAGGAAAUUAGAGGCUAGGAGUGGUCAGUAAAAACAUUUUGCACAACCUUUAUGAGUGGGUAGACGAGCUGCUCAUUAAGUUAACUAACUAACUAACUAACUAACUCCCUGGCAGGUCCAACACCGACAUCGCCAAAGCCCGCUAUCUGCAACGGUCCUGAGCCAGCUCCAUCCACUUGUCAUCCUCAAAGCCAACCUCCCUAAGAUCCAUCUUGAUAUUUCCAAUAGCUAACUCCAUGAAACGAAGUGCUUCAUAAGAAAAUUAUUGCCUUCUCUAAAACAGUCAAUAAAUGUCCUCGCUUUUAUGAAACCCAAAAUUUACAAGAGAUUGCAAGUGGUCUCAUAAACACCCCGUACUCAUCUACUUCCGAUGUCUUCCUCCCUUAAUGUGAGAAACCUCAUUUCACAUCCAUAAAAAACAGACAAAAUUGCAGUUUUUGUAUAUUUUAAUCUACACACGUUUCAAGUAUCGCAUGGGAAACCAAAAUUAUAAAUUUAAUUCCACCCCCCCCCCAAAUUCUUGUUUAAUUUUAAACGUAAUUAGGAUUUAUUACUGUAUUUGAACUUUGCCUCAGUAUCGAAUAAUAAAAUAUUAGCCACCUUCAGGCCACCACAAUGAGUUUGUUCUACAGUAAGGUGAUAAGACGACCACAUAUUCACAUUCUCAUGCAGGAAAUUAUCAUCUCUUUGCGUUCUUGGACAUUGCUAAUGGCGCAUUCGCAAAGCAGACAAGCAAUGGUUAUAGAGCAUCUCUGUAUUUGAGACGCUCCUCUUACAAAAAAUGGUUCAGACAAAUAAAUAUCUACAGGUUUAAUUUAAAUGCAUUUUAUUUAGUCUAAAUACUUCCACUGGUCCUCAUAAUUUAAUGAGAAUGUUUCAUAAUAUUUCCUUCUUAACUUAAAACACAUCCUUUCAUUAAGUCUGCAAACAGCCAUUAUAUCGCCACAUUUCAAUCUCCUUCUCAUUGUCAAGUAUCUAAGAAAUGCAGAAUAUCCGAUCGAUUACAUCAAAAUACACACUGACGGUUCAAAAUAAUUUCAUCUAAAAAUUUUGUGUGCAGUUAACAACACUGAUAACCUUACACAAUUACCACAGUCAGUUUCAUCAUCCUUCUUACGAAUACUAAAACAAUACAUUUCUGGCAACCCUUUCUAAUUCCUAAUACAAUUAAAAUGUUCGUAG